AUGGCUGCUCCCGAUGUCCACCACCUUUUCCACAACCCCAUCGCCGACCACUCCUUCUCGGCAGACCACAGCGUCCUCGCCGUGGCUCGCGACACCGCCGUCGAGCUCUAUGGCCGCGUCGGAAACGCCUUCAAGCUCAAGGACGAGCUCAAGGGCCAUGACAAGACGGUUACGAGUGUUGACAUUGCGCCCAGAAGCGGCCGCAUCGUGACGUGCUCUCAAGACCGUAACGCGCUGGUCUGGGAACCCUCGCCCACCGGCUACAAGCCAACACUCGUGCUCCUCCGAAUCAGCCGUGCCGCGACCUUCGUUCGCUGGUCGCCCUCGGAGACCAAGUUCGCUGUCGGGUCUGGCGAUCGCGUCAUCGCCAUCUGCUACUUCGAAGAGGAGAACGACUGGUGGGUGUCCAAGCACCUCAAGAAGCCCAUCCGCAGCACCAUCACGAGCGUUGCCUGGCACCCCAACUCGGUUCUCCUCGCCGCCGGCUCCACCGAUGCCCACGCCCGCGUCUUCUCGAGCUUCAUCAAGGGCGUCGACACCAAGCCCGAGCCGAGCCCCUGGGGUGAGCGCCUGCCCUUCAACACCGUCUGCGGCGAGUUCUUGAACAACUCGGCUGGCUGGGUGCACUCGGUCGCCUUCUCCCCGAGCGGCAACAGCCUUGCUUUUGCGGCGCACGACAGCAGCGUCACCGUCGUCUACCCCAGCGCGCCGGAGCAGCCGCCCAAGGCUAUCCUCACCAUCUCGACCCAGCUACUGCCCUUUAAGAGCUUGCUCUGGAAGAGCGAGGAUGAGAUCAUCGCCGCCGGCUACGACUGCGAAGCCUUCCGCUUCCAGGGAGGCGAGGGCGGCUGGCAGCUCGUUGGGCCGGUCGAGGUCAAGAGCAGCCACGGCGCGGGCCAGGAGCGGGAGGAGUCGGCGCUCAACAUGUUCCGGCAGAUGGACCUGAAGGGCAAGAUCAAGGACGACACUCAGCUCAAGACGGUCCAUCAGAACACGGUGACGACCAUUCGACCCUUUGAGUCGUCUGGUGGCCGUGUCACCAAGUUUAGCUCGAGCGGCGUCGAUGGGCGAGUGGUGAUCUGGAAUGCCUAG